AUGAGAAUGGAGCCGUGGCAAGCUACCAGUUUGUCCAUGUACAUUUGGCUGAUCUGGCUGUUUUCCUCUGGUCCACUUGCAGCCCCACCGCAGAUCGACAUUUGGGGUCCCAAGGGCACUUCGGAGGUGCCACUCGGCUCCCGGUUCACGCCGUACUGCCUGGCCAAGGGGAAUCCGGCUCCGCGGCUCGAGUGGCUGCGUCAUGGGCAGCUGGUGGAUCUGUCUCGAUUCACAAUCGAGGACAGCGGAGUGCGCUUGGAGCUGGCGACUGUGCAACAGGAGGACGCCGGAAUGUACGAGUGCCGAGCGAUCAGCGAGUACGGCGAAGUGGUGCGCAAGUUCGAGCUGAAGGUGAACUUUCCGCCGCGACUCAACAGCGACGCCCAACGCCACUACACAUUGGAGCGAAUGAUCGACAGUAGCGUGCUCCUCGAGUGCGACGUGACGGGAAGUCCAGAGCCGGAGAUCGAGUGGUUCAAGGAUGGCGCGCUGUUGGACCUGCCGAAGAGGAUGAGGCAAGUCAGCAAGGACGCGUCUCUUCCAUCGGCAAUUGGGUCCAUCAAAGAUGACCCGAUUGCCAGCUCUCGCAUUGAAGUAAUGGAGACUUGUUGGGCUGACUUGCAUCUCGAGAUCGCUCACAUGCUUCCAAAUUGA